CUCAGAGAGAGAGAGAGAGAGAGGUAUAAAAGAGGAGGAAGCAGCACUCGGAUUUCAGAUCACUGAGAGAUCUUGAGCCGCUCACAUUCAGGAUAUCUGCUGAGGACCGACACACACAGACUGAAGAAAUGGAGACGAUUGAGAAAACACAGACCGCAAUCACAGACAGUGAACUAUCAGAGCAGAUCAAAGCUGCGACUAAAGACAGUCAUGUGCGAGCCGAGAACACGGAGCUGAUGCUGAGCUACCAGAGAGGAAACGUGUCCCUCCGACAGUACCAACUGCUCUUGUGUUCGCUGUAUAAGAUAUACGAGGCAUUGGAGGAAGCGCUGGACAGGAACGCCUCCCAUGAUGCUGUGGCUCCCAUAUACUUCCCACAGGAACUGGCCCGGCUGGAGUCCAUUGAGAAAGACCUGAAGCAUUUCUACGGCCAGAACUGGAAGGAGAAGAUCACUGUGCCGGCCGCCACGCUGAGAUACGCCCAGAGACUGAGAGAGGUGGGCAGAGAUCAUCCUGAAUAUCUGGUCGCUCACGCGUACACGCGCUACCUCGGCGACCUGUCGGGCGGGCAGGUGCUGGGUCGCAUCACGCAGAAGUCAUUAGGGCUGAAGAACGGAGAGGGCUUGUCGUUCUUCUCGUUUCCUGGUGUGAGCAGCCCCAACCUCUUCAAGCAGCUGUACAGGAGCCGCAUGAACAGCAUCGAGCUGACGGAGACUCAGAGGAACGGCGUGCUGCAGGAGGCCGUCACCGCAUUCGAGCUCAACAUCCAGGUCUUUAACGAGCUGCAGGACUCUGUGAGCUGCGUGUCAGAGACGGAAAAUGAAAUGAGACAGAGACACACACAACACAAGCAGAACACAACAACGACAGCAGGUGAUGAAGCGCUGCAGAGCUCCUCGUCUCUGAUGCCGCGGUUCCUGCGGACGCUGCUCGGUGUGUCUGUGGUUCUGGCCGUCGGGAUGGUCUACGCCUUUUAAACUCCCGUUUAAACCACUUUAAUAUGUCACUCAUCAUUAGCACUUUUUAAACAUGAAGUCACAUGUUGGAGACAAUAAAUGUGUUAUUUAAUCAUAUCAUCAAUAAUAAACGUGAUUGUAUGUUAGUUCAUAGUUAUUCAAAUGACAGAUCCUUUGGAAAAUUUCCUUUGUCGGAAUCUUUUGUAACUGUGUAUAUAUGCAUUUGUAUUGUUAAUAUUUUAUUUUUAUAAUAAAAUCUUACUGUUCUUGAA